CGUUGUUUGCCGUUCCAUAAACCCGUACGUGGCAAUCAGAGAGUAGCACAGAGCUAACGAGGCUGCGGCAGCUCCCAUCUUGCGACAGUUCAUACUGAAACGACAUCUUGUCGGAUAUUGUGAAGGACGGACGCAGGUUACAGUUCAACCUUUGUGACUCACCAUUUGAGGCAUGUUUACCGCGUCAGAGCUCGUCGUCUUGCUGGCAGUCCUGUCUGCUACCGCGUCCGGCUACUUCGUUAGCAUAGACGCCCAUGCCGAGGAGUGCUUCUACGAGCGGGUCAACUCCGGCACCAAGAUGGGCCUCAUGUUUGAGGUGGCCGAGGGAGGCUUCCUGGAUAUUGGUGUAGAGAUAACGGGACCUGAUGGGAAGCAGAUCUAUAAAGGCGACAGGGAGUCUAGUGGGAAAUACUCAGUUGCUGCACACAUGGACGGUACCUACAAGUUCUGCUUCAGCAACAAGAUGUCGACCAUGACACCCAAGAUCGUCAUGUUCACAAUUGACAUUGGAGAGGCACCUAAAGGCCAAGAUAUGGAGACCGAAGGUCACGACAGCUGGGAUGCCCAUCAAAACAAACUGGAGGAGAUGAUCAAUGAGCUGGCGGUUGCCAUGACGGCGGUAAAGCACGAGCAGGAAUACAUGGAGGUCCGAGAGAGGAUACACAGAGCAAUCAACGACAACACGAACAGCAGGGUGGUCCUGUGGUCCUUUUUUGAAGCCCUGGUUCUGGUGGCCAUGACGCUCGGACAGAUUUACUACCUCAAGAGGUUUUUUGAAGUUCGACGAGUGGUGUAGAGUCGUGACCUUGGCUGUGUCCUCGACAUGAAGACAGUAGUUUACACUCUGGAAGUGAGACCUGAUUGGAUUUCAGAUGGUUUCUUCUCCCGUUACCACUUUAAGUCCUUUAUGUGUUUUUGAAAAGAUUUAUUUUAUUUUGGUUUUCUGAUUAAAGAAGAGUUCAUUGCCAGGUCAGCGUCGUCUGUGCAGUGACUGAAGCUUUUAUUUAAAAUAGACUUGAAUGAAAGGGCGUGCACGGAGCCACCACAAGCAAACGUUGCUCUUUUAAUAUUUAUCUCCAAACAUUUUCAAACGUAAAGUGGUAUCUGAAUGAGAUGUAGGGUUGCUGGUUCCACCUCCUGACGUCCCUUAGGACGUCCACGGCUUCUGGCAUUUUUAAAUUGGAAACUGCAACAGUCUGAGGGUCAGAGGUUAAACACUGAGGGUGCAGCUCCAGAGCGUAGAUGAAGACCGCCUUUUGUGUUCAGGUUGA